AAGACAGAAAACCAGAGUGACUCGAAUGAGUAAGUGUAGGAAAAAACAGGAAGCUACCAAAGGCCAAGAAAAUCAAACCCAACUCCAGAUAACGACGUUUUAAUUGCAUUCUUCCUCAUAUUCGAUUGCUCCCGAACCCAGAUUUCAUUAUUCUACCUUUUUCUAUCGAUAUCUCUCACACCCUAAUGCUUUUUCUCAUGCAUCUUCAUCAAGGUGUCCAUAUCUGGUGGAGUAAUUUUAGGUGGUCUAUCUGAAAAGACAUACUUUUUAACUUAUCGUGUCGCUGUGGAAGGCAAUGAAUGGUAAUUCAUUAUGGAGACAAUGGAGGUGAAUGCUGGAAACUCUCCUUCCAAUGAAAAACAAGCUUCGGAACACCCCAAUCUAGCCAAUAACAACAAAAAAUCUGCAGAAAAGGAAAUGAAGACAUCUGUUUUUGUCAAUUAUGCUGCCAUUGCUUGGAAUGAGAAUAGAAAACAGUGGGUUGGAGAUAAGUCUCAGCAGGCACAAAGAAUGGCAAAGGAUCCAAUCAUAAGCUGGUCAACCGGAUAUGAAGAUUUACUCUCAACUCAUGAACCUUUUGCUGAGCCAAUCCCUUUACCUGAGAUGGUGGAUUUUUUAGUAGAUAUUUGGCAUGAUGAAGGCCUUUUUGAUUAGUGAGAUGGAGACUGAUGUUAUGGUAACACGGCUGGGUGAUGGUAGUUAAACAAAGGUGGAGAAAUGCUGAAUAGCUUAGGAGUUAGGACCCUUAUUAGUCUUCUUUCACAUCAUUCUUCUAUUUAUUUAUCUCAUGACUUCAUGAGGUAACGAAAACCUUAAUUGAAUUUGUCACUAAUUUACUGCCACUGAAAUAAUCAUGUUACUUUUCUUUGGAUCUUUCAAGUUUAAAAACAUUCAUUACAAGUU